AUGGACAUAACUCAAAAUGAAUCCAAUCGUGAUCAACGCAAGACAAACUCAUUAAUUGGUAUAUUUAGUGCAGCGGCCAGAACAGUAAUUUAUAGACUUACCACUUUUUAUUUAAGAAUUCCAUUAAAAUUGUUUCGUCCACCUCGAUUUGAUUAUUUACAUUAUGUUAGAGUUGCAUAUGCAAAGGAUAACCUUACUCAAGAUACCAAAUUUUACCAACGCUCACCUCUACAUUUACUUAAUCAUGCAUUAAACAAAUAUGGCUGGAAAGUUAUCCCAGAAAGAGUUUUACCUCCUUUAUUAUUAAACUCUAUUACUGGGAUUGCAUUAUAUACAUCAUAUUUACAAACUGCUUCGUUACUAAACAAAGACAUAUCAAAGAAUUCAUCAAGUUAUUAUAUUAAUGUUUAUAAAGCUGGUUGGUGUGCUGGUGUGGUUCAAGCAGUUAUAUCUUCACCUAUUGAUGCAAUCUUUGCUAGGCAAAGUGCAGAUGAACUUAUUAAACAAAUGAGUAAACAUGCUAAUUUAUGGAAAUAUGGUUGGGAAAAAUGGAGACAAAUUGGACUUAUUGGUUGUUAUGGUGGAUUUUUAUUAACUUUAUUUAAGGAAUCAUUUGGUUUUGGUAUUUAUUUCGGAACAUUUGAAUAUAUUAAAGAACGUUAUAAAGAUGAGUUUAGAGAUUCACAAUAUAUUAAUCAUUCUAUUAUAUUUGUAUCAGGAGUUACAUCAGCUUUGUUGUUACAAAUAAUGCAAUAUCCAAUCAGCAAAAUUGAGAAAUUACAUCAUAAACGACUUGAAGCCAUUGAUAUUACUAUUACAGCUUCAACGAAAUCCCAAAUAUCUUUACUAGGGACAAGAAAUAAUUGGCGAAGUAGACAUAUGCAUCUAUAUCGUAAUGCUUACCGUGAGACAUUUUCCCAUCUAAGACAAGUACAUGGUGAUCACCAUUUAAAAUUUAUCAGAUGGCUUUAUAAAGGAUUUCUUCGCAACACAGUAGCUGUAAUACCGGGAACCACUGCAGGAUUAUUAUUUUUAAAUUACUUAAGAUCUCAAACUGAACUCUCGCCAUCAACCCAAGUUACCUUCAUGAACUAA